AUGGAAAAAGUAAGCAAACUUUUUGAUGAAAUUGAUGAUGAUCUCAAACCUUAUGAUGGUGAGAUUGAUCUAAAUGAUCUUCAAGAUGCUGAUAAAGUGGCAGAAAAGCCUCCUUCUAAGCUGAAGAGUGACAUCUCAGAUGCUAAAUCAUCAAAUAAUAUGUCUAAAAUGAUAUCAAAGAGCAGAAAAAAGAGUAAAAAGCAGAUGAAUUUUAAUUUCAAUGAAAAACCAACAUUAAACGAAGAUGUAGGGUUCGCUCUUUUAGGUAAAAGGCGGAAUAUGGAAGUAAUUGAUCUAGAACAUGACUCUAUUUCUGAAGAAAGGAGAAGUAAUUCAUCCAAACAUGAAUCAGAAGCAGUUGUAAAUAUUUUUAAAAUAAAAGACUUGAAGGCUAUAGUUUCAUCCUGAAAAGAGAAUGAAAUAAUAUUAAAGCAUCCUGAAUUUGAUUAUGAAACACCUUUAUUAUCAGAACAGAAAUUAGAAGUCAAAUGCUUAUGCUGUUCAGAAUUUAAUCAAUUUAAGACAGAAAAUGUAGUUACAAAUUGCUUGAUUUGCCAAGGGAAAGAGAAAUUAGCAAAUGGAGAACUUGUCAAGGUUAUCAUUCAAUCACUUGAAGAAUAUGAAUAUGAGGAUAGUCUGACUCAGGAUUGGGUAAUAAAUCAACUUCAACAUGUAUUUCGGCUUAAACAAACUCUUGAACUCAAGUUUGUUCUAACUCAGAUCUAUCUCAGAUACAUAAAUGAAAUGGACAGAGGUAAUUUAAGAGAACUAGUUCUCUUAAGAUGCCUUGUUAGAGAUGAGCCAAUAUCAAAAUGCAUGAACUUGUGGAUAAUUGAUAUUCAACACUGAAAUGAAGAAAUGAGCAUCGUUCGCUUAUCAGAUUACUUCUAUUCUAUUAAUAUAGUUUUGAAGCCAAAAUAAUUAUUCUGAUGAUGAGUAUCUCCUUUUAAAGAUACAUGAUGGAAGUUUCAAAUUAGGAACAAAAAUAAAAUGCCAAAAUAUUAUUCCUUGUGAUAUUCCGAUUGAAAAUGCACAAGAGUAUGCAAACCCAAUAGUUAAUGCUCAAAGUCAUGAUACUUUUAAACUAUGUUACAACUCCUGUGUAGUCAUUGAUAAAGGUGACAGGAUAGGCGAGUGAGAAGCUCCUUUGUAUAAAUCUCUAUAUUGGAUUGAACAGCAAGGAGGAGCUACUUGUAAUAUUAAAGCAACUGUUGUUGAAGUUUUACCUAUUUUCUAUUUUGGAAUCAAGAGUUCUUAUACUCGAGAUACUUAUGAAUUCCUCCAGUCAGAUAUUUACUCUAAGAUCCAAGAAGAAGCGCAAUCUUUUGAAGAAAAUAUGCUAUUAAAAGAAGACAUUAACAUACAAAAGAUUGAAGAGAAGGUAAAAGAAGAAAACAAAUUUGAUGCAGUGAGAAUUAGCUUCGGUGUUUUUCUUAAAGACUUUCAAGCUUCAGAAGAAGAAGUUGAGAUCAUGCUUCUCAUAAUCUCAGAUUGGUCAGAAGAAAGAACUUCUGAGAUUAAGUCAGGAGAUGUGCUAAAUUUGAACUACUUAAUUCCAGAUGAUUUUGGUGCAAAAUUCUAUCCUUACCACUUAGUUUUCAAGGCUGGAAGAAAUUCGAACUUGACCAAAGUUGAAUUAACCGACGAUUCAGAAGAUAUUGAUGGGAUUGAAGUCUUUGAGUAUUAUCCUAAAUUUAGAAGUAAUAUCACCACAUUCCACAAGAACACUGAUAAUCGAUUUGAAUACCCUCUUUCUAAAUUUGUGAAUGUUAGUGGAGUUGUUGUAAAGAUAUUCGAAUGAGCUGAGCCAAGAAAUUCUGCAAAAGAAAAAGAAUUAAGAAGCUUCAUAAUGAUUACGAGCUGCUUAACCAUUGUUAGUGUGAAUAUUCAUUCAAAUUCUUUCAUCUUUAGCAGAUUCGUCAAAGAAGGAGAUGUCAUUUAUAUCCAGAAUCUUUGAUAUGAAGCAUCAAGUCAGUUUGAUGAAGAGACACAUGAAAGUGUCUUAUUGAACAAUAACUUUGAUAACGAAGAUGAAUCUAAGGAUACAAUUGAUCAAUUUCAUAGUUGAAACUUCACUACCAUAAAAAAGAAUUCUAGAGAGGAUAUGAUAAGUCAAGAUCUAGAUGACCUCAACGAUCUUGUUGAUGAUUACAAGAAUCACUUAAAAACAGGGAAAUAUCAGCAAAGAGCAAGAUAUAACUCAAGGAGAAAGAGUUCGAGAAAAGGAAGUAGUAGAAGAAGCAAAAUAUCACCACCAAGACUAGAGAACCCAUCAGAUACUAAAUAUUUUAACAAACUUGUGAUCAUAUGAGAAAAGAUGCUUGAUUGAAAAAUUACAGCAUUUAAUGAAGAAGAGAGAAAAUCCAUGAGAAGCUCAAGAAGCUCUAGGAGCAGUAGAAUUCGUUAA